CAGUUCGACGCCAAAGAAGCCGCCGCCGCAGCCAGGGCAUAAAAGGGGGUGCGUAGGAGCGCCGAUCGCCAUUUAUGUCUCAACAGUCACCUUUAUUUUCAAGAAUAUUUUUUACACCUCUGCAUCAACAUGAAAUUAUUCAUACUAAGCUUGUUUGUAAUUAUGGCAGUCACUGUACAUGUACAGGCGAUGCCGACCAAUGAUGCACCCGACGCGAUUCCAGAAAAAGCACAGCAUCAGCUCCCGCAUAAAGAAGUGAUGGGUGAAAAAUUGAGGAAGAAGAGGUGCAGUUGGUUCUCAGAUCCAACAACCACAACAGCAGGGUACAGCGACCCAAAUUUUGGUCACCCCCCAAAAGCCUGGGAUCCCGUCGAACCAUUUGAAAAAGAAAACAAAUACUUUGGGACAACACGCAGCCCAAUUAGGAAAAGGAGAUCCACAACAUAAGCAAUUUGAUUUUAAUACUUUAUUGAUUCAGUUUAUUAAAA